UAUACGAAAAGUUUGUAUUGACACGUCAAUCAAUUUGCCGGAAAAUCACCAUAGAUAACUUCAUCUUAAAAAUGGUGGAAAUUUAAGGCUUUUAAGACAAAACCACCAAUAAAUAUGAUCCCUUUUCUUACCUUCUCCAUAUUCUUCUUCUUUAACUUCUUUUCAUCAUCUUCUUCCUCACAAAUCUCCAUUUCUGUAACCCCAAAAACCUUAUCAAAAUCUGGUGAUUUUGUUACAAUCCAAUGGACUGGUAUCCACUCACCUUCUAAACUCGAUUUUUUAGGAAUUUACUCUCCACCCACCUCACUCCACGACAAUUUCAUUGGCUAUAUUUUUCUUUCUUCUACACCCGAUUGGGAAUCCGGGUCGGGUUCCAUUUCCAUCCCUUUAGUCAAUCUUCGAUCUGGGUAUCAGUUCCGGAUCUUCAGAUGGACCGAAUCCGAAGUCAUUCCGGAUCUAGUGGAUCACGAUCACAAUCCAUUGCCUCAGACGAAGCAUCUACUUGCGGAGUCGGAGGAGAUUGGGUUUGUUUCGGGUCGGGGCCCCGAACAGGUUCAUUUGGCUUUAACGGGUCGUGAGGAGGAGAUGCGGGUCAUGUUUGUUACUCCUGAUGGUAAAGAGAGUUAUGUUAGAUAUGGGUUGACCCGGGGUGGAUUGGGUCGGGUUGUGAAAACUCGGGUCUUAAGGUAUGGGAGGGAAGAUAUGUGUGACGCUCCAGCUAAUAGUAGCAUUGGAUGGAGAGAUCCUGGGUAUAUACAUGAUGGAGUUAUGCUUAAUUUGGAAAAGGGAAAGAAGUAUUAUUAUCAGGUUGGCAGUGAUUCAGGAGGCUGGAGCACCAUUUACAGCUUUGUGUCACAGAAUGGAGACUCGGGUGAAACAUUUGCUUUCUUGUUUGGAGACAUGGGGACUGCUACACCAUACUCGACAUUCCUUCGUACACAGGAAGAAAGUAUAUCCACCAUUAAGUGGAUUAGCCGUGAUAUUGAAGCUCUUGGUAAUAAGCCCGCCCUUAUUUCACAUAUUGGAGAUAUCAGCUAUGCAAGAGGAUACUCUUGGUUGUGGGACAACUUUUUUUCUCAGAUAGAGCCUGUUGCAUCCAGAGUUCCAUACCAUGUAUGCAUUGGAAACCAUGAAUAUGAUUGGCCACUUCAACCUUGGAAGCCUGAUUGGUCAAGCUAUGGCAAAGAUGGGGGAGGUGAAUGUGGUGUACCCUACAGUCAUAAGUUCCAUAUGCCAGGAAACUCUUCAGAGCCAACUGGAAUGCGUGCUCCUGCAACUCAGAAUCUUUAUUACUCAUUUGAUUCUGGGCCCGUUCACUUUGUCUAUAUGUCAACUGAAACCAAUUUCCUUCCAGGUAGUAACCAGUAUGACUUUUUAAAGCAUGACUUGGAAUCAGUUGAUCGAGUAAAAACUCCUUUUGUCGUCUUUCAAGGUCACAGACCAAUGUACACUUCUAGUAGCGGAACAAACGAUAUCCCUUUGAGGAAGAAAAUGAUUGAGUAUUUGGAACCUCUUCUUGUGAAGAACAAUGUGAAUCUUGUAUUGUGGGGGCAUGUUCACAGGUAUGAGAGGUUUUGUCCUUUGAAUAACUUCACCUGUGGAAGCUUGGCCUUGAAUGGGAAGGAGCGGAAGGCUUUCCCAGUUCAAAUUGUGAUUGGGAUGGCUGGACAGGACUGGCAACCUAUCUGGGCACCAAGAGAAGACCACCCUACCGAUCCUAUUUUCCCACAGCCUCUGCAAUCUCUGUACCGCGGGAGUGAAUUUGGAUACGUGAGGCUGCAUGCCACAAAGGAAAAGCUUACACUUUCUUAUGUAGGAAACCAUGAUGGGGAGGUGCAUGACAAGGUUGAGUUCCUAGCUUCAGGACAACUUCUCAGUGCUGAUAUCCAUGAUCGUCCUGCGGCCACAGAAUACAUGGAGCCUACGCUCUCAUGGUAUGUAAAGGUUGGGAGUGUGCUAAUGCUUGGAGGGUUUUUCGGUUACAUAGUUGGGUUCAUAUCUCAUGCUCGGAAAAAUUCUGCUGGUAAAGGCUGGAGACCUAUAAAAACUGAGGAAAUAUGAAUACCUGCUUUUCAGAUUGGAAAUUUGGCAAUACUAAAGUCUUACAAGGUAAUCUGCUUUGUGAUAGUCUACUACCAGUUACCAGAUUGGGAAACCAAAGUUAAGACGAUGCUUCACCUAGUCACAGUAAGAUAGAGAAAUGCCUGCUUAAUAAAUGGGGCCAGCCUUUUGCACUAGUCCUGUGAUGUGAGAAUAAUCAUGUGUUAGAGAGAUACCUCUGUUUGUGCUGUCAAUGGUGUUUACAACAUUUUCUUGCAGAGAAAUUCUGCUUCCUCCCCUAUUGGCUACUCCUAGGUGUUAGUAACUUAUUGCUACUUGUCUAUCCUGUUCAUCACCUUCUGAUGAGGAUUAUGAGGUCGUUUUGUUGGUGGGAUAGGGAUAAUAAUCCCACGAUAUGCCAUGGAAUCAUAUCAUGUGUUUGAUAAUGAUUAUUGUUUUAUCCCAUUAUUUCAGUAUAAAUGGUGGGAUAAGUUAUCUCAUAUCGAAGACCGAUAAAAUAAUGUUAUCGGAUAUCCUUGUCUAACUUGGCCAAAUGUCCCCUAGCUUGUUUUUAACAGUUUUGGAUGUGAUUGGAGGAUCUUCUUAUAUAUGAUCACUGCUUGAUUGAGUUGUUAUUUAACAAUUACCAAUAAAUUAAUAAAGAAUAAAUAAUGGUUGGGAUUGCUUUUGGUUUA